AUGACAAGUAAGUAAACAGUCUUUUACACAUUCAUCGUUCGAUCUUUAUGUAUUACUUCCUUAUCGACGUCUACUGCCCCAUUCAUACCAAAGCUUAAGGGGUUUUGCUUAGGGUUAGGUUAUUGGCUUCUUCAGAGAGGUUUCUUAAACUGUUGUUUGUCCGCUUCAAAGUUAGUAAAUUGAAAAUACAAGUCAGUGAAAACUUGAAUCCUAAUGAAAACUGAUUUUUAAUUCAAUCCCUUCCCCCAACUUCACGUAACCUGCAAAUAAUGGUUUGUUUUAGCGUAUACCCGCUUGACUGUGUUUUGCUGUUCAUCUUGCCUAUACCUAGUUGAGUUCACGCUCCACCGUGGCCAGUUUGCUCUCGAGAUUGCUUGAAAUAGAAGAGUCAUUGAACUCGGCUUUAGCAAAAUCAUAAAAUUUUAGUAUUCAUAAUUUUGCCCGAUAUUUUUGUAUUUCGAUAAUAGUAGUUAUCGAGUUUGAGGUGUCAAAAGUGUUAUCAUGAUCCUAAUAUUAUGGAAUUUUCUUUUUUUCCUAAGCAGAUGCAACUGUUUCCUCUGAUGCCCUCAAUCCUCACAAAGAUUUCAUUUUUGGUACCUGGGAUAGAGAUGCUGCUAAUUGUACUCUAAAAAGAGGCGGAGGUUGGUGGUAUGACAGCAGUAGCUAUUGUGCUGUUUGGUCGAAUCUCAACGGAAUUUAUCCGCAUUGUGGAAAUAAAACCUUGGCCAAUAUCCAUUGGGAUAAAUUAGAUCAAAAAAGGCCCGAGGGCAGCAACCCCACAUCAACUGAAAUGAAAAUUAGACCAGCGGAUUUUUUUAAAACUUUCUGA